AUGAAACUCACGACAGUUUUCCUCUUUGCCGCAACAGCCUGGGGCUCUCAACAUCAUCACCGACGAGAUACUACAGACAACGGCAUCAACCUGAGUGCAAUCUCGAGCGCACUAGAGGGUUUGGUAGCCAACCAAACAACCACUGCAAAUUUCGCCAACAUAUCGCCGCCGCCCAAGUCUCUCAUCUCUGAGAUUCUAUCUGUUGUACCCGUAUCCGUCAUCUGGGAACUCAUCAACCCAGCAGAACGCAAUUCCCUUGCCAGCCAAUUCAAGGCAGGCACCACCCCCGUCUGGUACAGCGCUCUCCCAACAGAUGUGAAAAACUACAUGUCAGUGGUCAAGUCGCAGAUCUCCGGGGGAGCAUUGACGGCCACUGCAGCAAAUACAGACACUGCGGCGGGAGCCACUGCUACUGAUUCCAAUCCCGGAGGACCGGUGAGCUCGAGCUCGAAAGGUGCUGCCGCACAGCCGACGGGGCUGGCUGUGUCGGCGUUGGGGGCGAUGGGAGUGCUUGGACUAGCAUUAGCUCUGUGA